GCCGGGGAGCGCAGCUGCGGGCGUGGGGGUGGUAGGAGCCGCGGAGCCGGCGCUGAGAGCGGCUGCGGCCGGAGCGGGCGGCCGAGACAAAGACGACGGAUAAGGGCCAGUUGUGAGUGUGUGGAUUUUUAAGUGAAACCUCACCCCAAGUGAGAGGACCUUCAAGGAACAAAUACUGACAACCUGAGUCAAGACAACAUUUAUACCUUCCUGGUGGUUCAGAAACGAGUCUCUGUAGAACCAUAAGCAGAGAAAGGAAACAUUUUGCCUUUUUCUUAAUGAAAUUGACUGUGUAAGAUACUUGACUUAAGGAACAAAAACACAGAGAAGUAAUAAAAUUAUUAUUUUGACAUCAUUGGACAUCCAUCAUACUGAGGAGUGUGCUUUGGGAAGCUGCCCGAGUGGAGAUUUGGAAACUACCUUGGUGCUCAUUUAUACUUUGGACUAUAAGCAUGAGUGAAUUCUGGUUGUGUUUCAACUGCUGUAUUGCAGAGCAACCUCAGCCUAAACGACGUCGUCGGAUUGACCGAAGUAUGAUUGGAGAGCCAACAAACUUUGUACACACAGCGCAUGUAGGAUCGGGAGACCUGUUCAGCGGAAUGAAUUCAGUCAGCUCCAUUCAGAACCAAAUGCAGUCCAAGGGGGGCUACGGGGGCGGGAUGUCCGCCGGCGUGCAGAUGCAGCUCGUGGACACGAAGGCCGGAUAGCGCCCCCUCCAGUCAUUGUGAAUGUUCCCUCUAUUUUCUUUAAUUCUUUUUUUUGUUGUUGUGAUUGCUUUUUUCAAAUACAAAAAAGAAGUGUGAUGGCGUCGUGUCCCUCCUGUUGUGGUUCCUCCAGCGAGACGCCACUGUUCCGCCGGAGCGGCCGCCGUCAGUGUCCCCCGCCUUCCCCAGCGGGCACGCGUGCCCUUGGACUCAUGGAUGUAGUUCCUUACAUCGUGGCUUCAGUUUUUAUCAACAUGGAUCUGACCUUAGCAUGAUCUUUGUUUGUGUGAAUGCUAGCACUAUUUUGCAUCUUUCUUUUUAAAUAUUUCUCUUUCCACCUGCCUUAUGAUUUUAUUGGUAAGCAAGGACCUGCUAUUAUUUGUUAAUUUGUCACCAUUUAUGUAUAUUUUGGAAGGUAUGAGACCCACAAGCACAAUGCUCAUUUUUAUUCAUUUGAAACUUCAGCAGAAUAGGUAUCUGCAUGCUUUAUGAAGUUGCUACAUGUGGGGAGCCCGUGGGCUGGUGAUGCUGCUGCUGCUGCUAUUAGAGAAAGGUUAGCCAAGCCACACCUGUGCACACAAGAGGGAACGUGUAGCUUGUUAGAAAUGACUUUUUGGUCUAUUUAGUUAGACUUACAGUAAAAGGAGAGCUUGCAUUCAUAAGGCCUGGCCUUCCUUCUGUUGUAAAUGUUCACUCUAUUUAUUUUGUGAGCGAGGACCUGGGAGUGUGAGCAGGCGUGGCUGCGUCAUCGGACAGACAGCCUCGCCGUUGUCUGAGCAGCAGCAGCUCAGGCGAGGUUCUUUUCCUUGUGUGCUCAGUCUAUGCCUACUUGUCUUGAUUGUGUGAUUAAUGUUAUGGUAUCCAGUGGCAGUUUGUUGACCUUCUGGCCUUUCCAUACUCUGCAUAUUUUGGGGCAGGGGGGGUGGCCCAGAGCAGCACACUGACCUGAGUCAUUGCCCCGGAAAACAGUCUGUCUGGUGACUGUGGAAUUUGUGAGAAAAACCUUUGCUUCCAAAAUCUGUUUAUUCUUCAACCAGGUAGUGUUUUGCAUUUGUGCUAACUGUAAAUCCUAUGUCCACUUCUGACUUGAUGUGGCCGGGUUGACAUUUCACGAAGUGAAUGGGGCUUCGCUGAAAAACUUACAGAGUGCUAAGGAAUGGAAAGUGAUCAUUUUUUUUCUUUUCUUUUUAUUUCUUCCCCUUAGUCCCAAGUUCUUGUGAAAAGGUAACUGAAUAAAUACUAGGUUUGUGUAGGCAAAACACAGAAGCAUUACUCCCCGGUUCUUCGGCAUCUGGCUGGCGCAGUACAGGUGGCACUGGGUCCCUCAGUCCUUGUGCUUCUGCAGGUUAGAGCCUUCACGGUGGGGGCGGGGGUCUCCAACGAGAGAGAAGCUGUCAAGGAAAAACAUUUAUGCUUAGUAGUAAAAACUGGCAUUUUGCAGCUUAAUAACUUCUGAACUUUAAUUCCUCUGGUGUCAUUAAUUCACUGUGUGGGUGCUGUGCUCUGGCAUUCACUGGAGAGCGGGUUUGCACCAUCCCCCUGCUCAGCCAGAGCCCUCCUGCCAGGGACGCUGCUGUGCGCCAGCCCUUCAACCGACAGGCUGGACUUUCUUGACGUGCUCAGCACUGGUGCCACGUAGCCUACUUCUACUUUGACUUUUAAAAAUUAGUACAAUUUUUAUAUUCGUCAUUUAACCCCUGGAACAACCACCCAGGGCACCAUGGUCCCUUUCUUGAUUUGAUUGUAUUUUCCAGUUGCUUUUUUUUCUGCCUUUCCAAGGACCAAACGCUCAGCGAGCGCUGGAGCGUGUCUCCAUGUGACCCAGAGGCUGCGCUGUGCAGCUCUGCCGACUUCACAGGCACGAGUGGGCACACGCUAAGGUGCCAGGAAAUUCAAGAAGAAAAAUUCUUCAACCCAAAAUUCUAAGAUACAAACUUUGGACACAGAUCUUUCCGAGUGUGGAGGAGCAGCUUUUCCAUACUCACAGGUGGGAUUGUGAAUCUUGGGAAGUCAUUUGGUCCCUGUGGCAAUGCAUCUCUUCUUAAAAUUGAAGCUAAUUAAAUAAAUAGGAUAGACUGUUAAUACUUUUUUGAAAUACAUGCUAAUAACUGUUAGGCAAGGGAAAAAUGAAUGAAGGUUUAGCUAACGACAGGGAGUCUGUCAUCAGUGACCUGCAUUCCGACAACAGGUGCUUCCCGUGGUCCGGGCCCGGGACGGUGCCUGUGAGCAGAGGCGGAAACGGUAACUCUGGCGAUUGGUCAGCGUUUCCAAUGCAGCACUAUCCGUGGGCCUUUAAAGAUACUUUGAGAGUAUAUUAGCUUUCAUUUUGUUAUUAAAUUAUAGCAGUUUCAUUACAGAGAGCAAGUUUGCCUUGAUUUUGUUUAAAAUGACCUGCUCAGCACCCAAAAGAUAAAAUUGACAUAUUUUUAUAAUAUAAGCAUACUUUUUUUUUUGUACAUUGUGUUCAUUCUUGAAUAAAGUGAGUUCAGUGUUG